GAGAGGACGCGCCAGUCAAAGCCUCCUACAGUAAGGUAAUACAUUUGAAAUCUUACAGAUUUAUCUACUCUCGUUCAGGUUUGGUCUGGAACCACCCGUGCCCUCCGACAAACCCUUUCCCCUUACACCUCUCACCCUCUUCUGCCUCUCGUCCAUCGAGAACACUUAUUCUCAUAUCGUUCAGGCGUUUUUUGUAAGUACUGAUUUCAAAGGAGCCGACGCGGAGUUGAAAGACCCGUGGGAUUUGCCGAAUUCAACUUUCUUUCGGUAUCAGGAUUCCCAUGGUAGUGUGGGUCAGUUUCAUGCAAGACCACGUAUAAAACAUAGACAAUGUAACUGGUGAGCUGUCCCAAAUCUUUCGAGGCAUUGACCUGGAGCGUCAAUGUCAACUUCUGUUCCCCGACGUCUUCGGCAGCACUCCUCCAGACAUGGAAGGCGGUGUGAGAAGGACAAAUAAAAAGUACCAUGGAUGGGAUCUCCAAGUUGAUAGGUUGUUCUUUGCUAAUGGCAUACGCGACCCAUGGCGAGAAGCCACGGUCGCUGCACAAAGCCUCAACAAACCAAGCACCCUCAAACAGGUCCUUACUCUCAGCGACGGUUUUCACUGUUCAGAUCUCUCGGCCGCUGUUGGCAUGGUUGACCAUAGUGUUGGUGAAGUACAGAGGAAGGCGCUAGAGGCGUUCAAGGGUUGGCUUGCCGAAUGGUCAUAAACGGAGGCGUCGGAGGACUUGAAGAGGGAAACGUUAGAUAGAACUUUCAGGAGAAUCAAUAUUUGGGAGAGGGAGCCAACCGCGAUGGCCUAAUCGAGAUAUAUAAAUUGAGGACAGCGAUGCAUGAACUUGGUGCAAACUCAACUUAUCAACUAUAACUAUUGACAUUGUUUCUCAAGG